CUGAAAGCAACAACACAUCUAUAACAACAUCCCAAAAACCAGGGAAGCAACCAAAUGCUCCGAUCCCCUUCGAAUGAAAUGGCAGACUGGAAUACUGGGCUACCAAUCUCAUAUAGGCCUGACCAUCAGCUGAUCCUGGCUUGCCGGGCGGCAAUGACGUAUGCGGAACGGGACGGGGAGGAGGCAGUGACGUAGGCGUCCUCCAUUCCAUAAAAUGUUUGUAGAUCCUGGGCGUCCAUGGUAGAAGAGGGGGAGAGACAGCUGUCAGUCAGACCUUCUUUUUGUUUUUCGCCUUGUCCUUUUGGCAGACACUACAUCUACUGGUAUUAUCUUCGAGAAUCACAACAACAACAGCAACAACAACAAGGCUAAGGCCCAAUGACCAUGGCUUCGAUAUCCAUCAACGCCCCCGGUGCAUCCGGCUUCAUCUACAACAACGCGAACCUCGGGACGGCGCGGGUGUGCAUCACGGCCGAGACCGAGGAGUUCGACACCCAGACCAUUCGCGCGUGGGCGGACGAGGGGUUCGAUGUGGUGUACGUGCCGUUCAACAACGGCGGGAAGGACUACGCGGCUCGACUGCGGACGGUGAAAGAUGGGUUGGGGGUGGGGGACAACUAUGCGAUCAUCGCCUUCGGAGACGCGGCCUCCUUCUGCAUGGACUACUUCCUCAAGCCGACCAACGCGAGCCGUCUCGCCGCGCUGAUCGCCUACUACCCGACCACGAUCCCCGACACGCGCAACCGCUACUCGGUGCAACUGCGGGUGCUCUGCCACCUGGCCGGCAACACGGUGGACAUGAUCACCAUCCCGACGGCGCUGGGGCUGCAGGGCAAGAAGAAGCGGACGACCAAGAAGAUCAACCCGGGCAUCGGCACGGGCGAGCGGCUGAACAUCGGCUGGCCGACGUUCACGUACGCCUCGGUGCAGCCGGGGUUCGCCGAGAGCGACCUGGAGGAAUACGACCGGCUGGCGUCGGAUCUGGCGUGGAGCCGCACGCUGCAGGUGCUGCGCAAGGCGUUCGGGAAGGACCUGGAUCUGGAGUCGCGAUGGGAGGAGCAUCUGGAAGCGCGCUUCUUCUCCAUGAACCUCAAAGGCACCGUCGAGCCGUACGUCUCGCACCUCAACCCGGCGGUGACGAUGGCGCCGACGAUGAGCGGGGGGAUCGGCGCGCACGCGCUGCGCCGCUUCUACGAACACCACUUCCUGCGCAAGCUGCCGCCGUCGAUGCGGCUGCGGCUGAUCUCGCGGACGGUGGGCGCGGACCGCGUCGUCGACGAGCUGUACGCCUCGUUCGAGCACUCCGAGGAGAUCCCGUGGAUGCUGCCGGGCAUCCCGCCCACGCACAAGCGCGUCGAGCUCAUCCUGGUGAGCAUCGUCAGCCUGCGCGCCGGCCGCCUGUACUCCGAGCACAUGUACUGGGACCAGGCCAGCGUGCUGGUGCAGCUGGGCCUGCUGGACCCCAAGUACGUGCCGCCGGGCGCCGCGCCGCCCGGCGUCGACCGCCUGCCCGUCGUCGGCCGCGAGGCCGCCCGCCGCAUCGUCGAGGAGGACCUGGAGGCCGAGCGGAAGGACUACCACAACCGGCUGAUCCGCCGCGCGCGCGCCAAGCAGCGCGGCAAGAAUGGGAUGGUCGAGGAGUCCGGCACCGAGGCGGGCGAUCUCGUCCCCGAAAAGGCGCUGGGCGACGGCGACAACAAGGGCAAGAACGUGCAGCGCAACGGCGAGGAGCAGCAGAACGGUCACCACCAUGACGACGGAGACCACGACGGUGCCGUGGGCGACGAGCAUCCCGAUAAUGAUGAUGACGACCACAACACCCCCAGUAACGGGAAUAGCAAAAGUCCCGCCGCUGCCACUGUCGAGGACGAGCCCGAGCCGAAAAGUGAUGACUGA